AUGGUGUUGAUUGGUGGAUUCACGGAGUGGGCGCAUCUGCGGCUGCGUGACCAUCGUCCGGGGCCGAUGAGUUACAUUCCGGUUCGGAAUGACGUUCCGGAGAGAUCCAUUCUGAAGAAAUACCCCGCGCGACCAGCAGAGGCGGCCGUAGGCCCUGGGGAAUACCAAAUACCAUCAACUGUUGGUCAGUGCCGCUCAACCGUGUUCGGCCCAGCGUCUGGUCCAGAAUCGGCUGCAGAUGCCAAAGCAGGGAGCGAAAAGAGCAGCAAAGAAAAUCUAAGGAAAAAAAAAGGACGCAAGCUAUCCCCACUUCCGAAGCAGUACAGCCUCGCAUUGUCACCCGAUACACCAGCGUACUCCAUCUACGGUAAACUUCGAGAUCAGCCUUUGGGUAGUGGUGUGGGCCCUGGCGAGUACGCCAUCUCCUCUUCCUUUGAGCCAAGCGACAAAGGGCCGCACUUUGGUGAGCGGACGAAGCUCUUGACGACUCGUGAUAUAGUUCCAGGACCUGGGGCAUAUCAGUUGCCUCGUUUUGGUGAUGACACGUCAAAAAAAAAGGAAUACAUUACUUCUGUCCGAAGGGUUCCUGAAAGAGAAAAUGGGCCUGGACCCGGGAGCUACGACGAUCCCACCACAAUCGCUGCCCGCCUCGCACCAAAAAAAUUACGUCUAUAUGAAGGUCCACUUUUUGGCGGUCGCCAUUCCAAGUCGAAUUACUCCUUGUCCACUGGUCCUGGACCAGCCGAAUACGGUGAUGUGAGCCGAAUCAUGCGAAAGAAUAUACGAUGUACACCUAAGUUUCAUCCACCGGUACAGACUGUGCCACCCCACAAGACCGUACGAGGUACAAUGGAAUUAUCACAGGGUCCAUAUACUUAUUACCUGCCAUCGGAUUUUGACCGGGACUACAACAAAGGCGUUUCACUUGGGGCGCGUGUAUUUUAUCAACCCAAGACUGCGGCAAGUGAUGCGGUUGGCCCUGGAUUGUAUGAUCUGGGGAAGCCACCGAUGACAUCCAAUGGGUUUCGCUUUGCAGCCCAGCCGUACGAUGCAAUCGCUCUUGCGGAAAUGGAAGAGAAGGCAGCGGCGGCCGCAUCGAAUGCCGCUUCGGGGCCUAGUAUGUAUUAUCCGAAUUUGGACGCUGUGCGGCCCUCGAGAUACCGGGCUGUGGCUGGUUUUGGCCUUGGCGAACGCUUUUUAGUUCAAAACGCCGGUGGUCCACUUUGUUAUGAUGUCAAGCCACCCGAAGCGACUCGUGUUACUGUCUUUUACCGUGGCGACUACAGACGCAGUAAGAAAUUGCAUGGAUUGGGAGACGGUGGUCCUUCGUAUGUUGUUGAGAAUGACACCAUCGCCGAUAACACACGGAAGGGAAACGGCUUUACGUUUGGUAUUCGAUACCCCGCACGGGCCACGCAUCAGGUGUGCAAGCCAUACGAUGCAACAACGAACAUCAACUGUGAAUACCCAGAUGAGACGACGUGGAUGACGAAACUGAAGUAA